GAACAUAUGUCCAUUCCAGACAAUGAGCUCUCGGAGCUACAGCGCAGCGUCACCGCUAUGCUUCGUGGUCUGGACAACGCAGUUAUCCUUCAUCUCGAAGUGUCACAUACUGGCAACCCACUACAUGCGAUCCGAUUCCAGUAUCAAGCUGUAUGCGACCGCAUACAAUGGGCAAUGUUCGGCAGCAGUGCUGAUAAUUCUGAGUCGUUGCCAGCACAUCGCGAAGCAGCUCUCCGCCUCUAUGCUAGAGCAGAUGAGUCAGCAUCAAGUGUACAUACCUGCUGAUGAGCUCUCAGACCUCUGCCAGAGUCUCACCGACCUCGUGGAACGCAUUGAUCAUACCAUGGAGAGUCGUGGCCGAUCUAUCACAAUUGUGAACAACAUACGAUCAGCAUACUUCGUUCUCUGCGACCGGGUCACAACUUCAGCCCGGACUCAAGUCGGUGACGCAGAGAGGCUUGCUCAGCAGAGAGAGGAGGUUCUGCGGUUUCUGGCAGAGGCAGAUCAG